CCAGCUCUGGUUGCCAUGGACGCAGCUGCACACAGACCGGGUAGAGGCCCACAGUAUGUCCUCCAAAGUUCACUCCACAGGUGGGAAGAGGACUGCUGGUGCUGGAGGCGGGACCCGCUUCUCCCUUCCAAUCCACCUCGGGGCUCCAGAACCAAGGACCACCAACCCUCGGGCGUGGAGGGUCUGCCAUUCCCAGAGGCCAAUGCUGAAGCCAUCAACUUCCUCAGCUCCCUCGAGUACGAGGAGCUACAGUUGCUGUUCUUCUCCGAGACGCUGGCCAUGGUGUCGGACACCGGGGAGCCUCAGGGAGAGCUGACCAUUGAAGUGCAGAGGGGGAAAUACCAGGAAAAACUUGGUCUGCUGACAUCCUGCAUCUUCGUGCACGCCUUUACCCAAGGCUUCUUGGACAAAAUGCUUUGUGGAAAUUCCCUCCUGGGCCAUCUCUCAGAGAAGCUGGAGCUCAUGGAACAGCACAGCCACGAGUUCAUCAAGUUCCUCAUCCUCCCCAUGGAAAGGAAGACGAGUUUGCUGAAGGAGGAUGAUCAGUUGGCUGUGACCAGAAGCAUCAAGGAGGGUGAGGAAGUGAAGACUGCAGUGACUUCUUUCCCCUGGAGCUCAAUCAAGGGCUUCGUGUCAGAGGCUGCCAACCUGGUGCUGCUCAGGGUGAUGGCCUGCCGGCAGAUGGUGCCCAGCAACGCCCGCUUCCUGGCCUUGGACAGUGAGGGCAAACUCUGCUAUUCCACCUAUCAAGACCUGGGCUUCCAGACCAUCCACAUGGACCAAAAGCAGGCCGAAGUGUUCAUCGUGGAGCAAACUGUCCACUCGGAGGAGGGCAUUCCCAUGUCCUGCCAGUACUACCUGCUCUCUGAUGGGCACCUGGCCAAGAGAAUACAGGUGGGCUCCCCAGGGUGCUGCAUCAUCACCAAGAUGCCCAUCUUGAGGGAAGUGGAUGAGAUUGAGCCACGCCCCGUGUUUGAGAAGAAGCCUCUAGUGUGGGAGGAGGAUAUGGAGCUCUAUAGGAAGUUCCUGGAACGGAAGGAGGAGCUCCGGCUCGGCCAUGCCAGCUAUCUGCGGCAGCACCCCGAGGCCCGCGCGCUCAUCUCCGACUUCCUGCUCUUCCUGCUGCUGCGCCAGCCAGUGGACGUGGUCACCUUUGCCGCCGAGUUCUUCGGCCCCUUCGACCCGCGCCGCCCGUCGUCCCCGGGCUUGGGCUCCUCCAACCGGCCCAGCCCUUUCCGCUCCCUGGAGCCCGAGGGAGACGCCGGCUCCGGGGCGGGCUAGGCGGGACCCGGGACGGGCCCGGGCAGGAAGCCAGGCGUCGGGCUGGGACGCGGGCGGGACGCUGGCGGGGGGCGCUUUCCGGGCUGCGGUUUUGGGGUAAUAAACGGGGCCCUCCGCGGUUCCGCAGCGCCUGCCUACA